AUGUCGGCUCCGGAACCCACCCCCGAAGAGCAGAAGCGCCUCGACGCCGAGGCAAAGGCCAAGCAGGAUGCCGAGCAGGCCGCGCUGCCCUAUAAGUGGUCCCAGACCAUCAAGGACCUCGAUGUCACCAUCUCCAUCGACGCCAAGUACAAGGGCCGCGACCUGGACGUGAAGCUCACGCGGAGCCACCUCAAGGUCGCCAUCAAGGGCCAGGACCCCAUCAUCGACGGCGACCUUCCUCACGCCAUCCACGUCGACGACUCCACCUGGACCCUCGAAACAGUCCCCGGCGGCAAGGAAAUCGCCGUGCACCUCGACAAGGUCAACCAGCUCGAGUGGUGGGCGCACGUCGUAACCACCGCCCCCAAGAUCGACACCUCCAAGAUCCAGCCCGAGAACAGCAACCUCGGCGACCUCGACGGCGAGACCCGCGGCAUGGUCGAGAAGAUGAUGUUUGACCAGCGCCAGAAGGAGAUGGGCAAGCCCACCAGCGACGAGCAGAAGAAGCUCGACAUCCUCAAGCAGUUCCAGCAGCAGCAUCCCGAGAUGGACUUCUCGAAUGCGAAGAUGGGAUGA